GUUGCAGUGGGUUACAAUAUUGGCUGUGAGCACUCCAAAAUGGUUGCUUGUAGCAUGCUAGGUGCUUGUGCUGAAGCCCUCAGUCUCUGGUUCUUUGUGGGGGCAUUUCACAGAUAUGCCCAUAACCAAAAGUGUCAACUGUGCUUCCACCCUCAUUUUCUUGCCACUGCUGGACUAGAAGACUUCAAAACCAAUGAGCAGAUUUUCUCAAAACAGAACAUGAUGGCA